UUUUUUUGAGCAACAUACAAAAUAAUAAAGACUCAUAGUGUUAAACAUUCGGUCGAGCAACAGACAAAAAUUCAUUCUCUCUCUCGCCUCAAAUAUUUCCGCGACUUGAAAAAUUUCUACCUAUUUCUGGUGCUAAAAAUGUUGUGCGUUUGUUUAGAAAAAAAAUAUAAUAAAUUAAUUGUCCACUAAAUAGCUUCCAAUUUCGAUUAUCGUGGAUUUCGAAUUUUAGAGCUCACAUCGUUCAUACCGAAGCGCGCUCGGUAAAUAUUUUGGUUUUAAUUUAAUUGAAUGUGCUCUGCUCUGUUGUGUGUGACAAAAUAAAAGGCCAUUUCAGUUUGGAUGGAAAAAAAAUUCAAUCGGCAUAAUCAGUGUGUGGGGCAGCAAAAAGGCGACCGCAAAUCAGUAAAAUAUCGUCGGUGAUUUGUGUUUUAAGUUGGAAAUUGUAUUUUCCAAAUGAGCAAAUAUAAUAUUGUUGCAUUCAUGCUAAUUAUGUCCCGGAGAUUUCAAGCGUUUCGUAUACGUUUUCGGUAGAGAGAAAGUGAAAAUAGUCGUCAAGUGAUUGUUUUUUUUUCUUCUCUCGUCUUCUUCUUUUGUUGAGUGAAAUAAAAUAAACACUGAACAGAAGUAUCGGCGAUUUUGGACGGUAGCAGAAAACUGUUGUGUUUGAAUGAACAAAUAAUAGAAGAACAAUAAGCAAUUUUUUUUUAUUUCGCCCUGGAUACGAUAUGAUAUAAUCGGGACUAAUUUAAAAGUGAAACACGUGUCAUAUUAUAUUAAGAGAGUGCGAGCAGAAAAAAAAAGUAGUCGGCAUAGACGCCAUAUAAACGUAUGAUAAAACAAAACACAGAGAAAAUGAAUGGUUUUAGUACGGGUGAAGAGGACUCGCGCGGUCCAACAGAUCAAAUUUGUUGUUUAAUCGAUGAAAAUGAGCGGUGCCGAAAUGCUGCCGGGAAUGCAUCGUACAGUAAACGCGUACAAAAAACUGUGACAUCAAGACGCCUUAAACUCAGCAUCGACCCGCAGGCGCAACAUAUAUACAUCUGUGACUAUCAUAAGGGUCGAAUUCAAUGUGCCCGUUCGAAGCGUCGCCGAAAGGAGUCCGAAGAUGACAGCAAUGAAACAGACACCGAUUUACCAGAAGUUGAUCUCUAUCAAUUGCAGGUGAAUACGCUGCGUCGCUACAAAAAACACUACAAAGUAGCCACACGGCCCGGCAUGAACAAGGCACAACUGUCUGAUACAAUCAUGAAGCAUUUCAAAACAAUACCGAUCAAAGAGAAAGAGACUCUUACCUACUUUAUUUACAUGGUGAAAUCAAAUUCGAAUAAGCUCGACCAGAAGAACGGCAUCGGAGGGAAUGAUGGCACCUAAAAAUCCACACACGCACCACAUGCACAUGGGAUAAACACCGUUUCAAUGUUGAUUUCUAUUUGAUUUUAUAAGUUUAUUAGCCGCUUAAAACCAUCUUUUUCCCUUUAUAUUGUAUAUUGUUUGAUCGAUUUCAUUUGUAACCAUAUAUAAGAGAGAGAGAAAGAAACAAACACAAUAACAUCGCAAUUGAUGAAGCUCAAAUCUUCUCCUACGUGUAAGCAUUACAUCGAAUUAAUUGUGUAAUUUUUGUUUAAAUUUUUUUUUGUUUGAACAUUUGAGAUUCUUCAAUUAAGCGUAAUUCGUGCAUUACACGCGUCAAAUCUCAAAACUACACUUACAAAUCAUGUCGACAACGCUAUCAAUUCCAUAACUAUAUUCUUUAAAUCGUAUAUCCUCCCCAAAAAAAAACCUCUAUCCGUAGAGACAGGACAUUUUUUUUCUUCGGGAAAUAAUUUUUUUUUCAAUUUUCAGUUAAGUUUAAAUGAUUAGUGCGAGGCAAAAACGAAUUAAUGAAAGUAAAGAAAAAAUAACUGAACGAUUGAAUAGAUUUACCAAAAUGCAGAAAGAAUUGUAAUAUCAAAAUUACUCAUAAAAUGAACUCAACUUGAAUUACGUUUCGGAUUGUAAUUUAUUGAAGAUGAAAAAAACAAACAAACAACGGAUGAAUUUUAUCUUAACGAAUUAAAAACAAAA